CCUCAGCAUUAACAAAAUACCAUGUAAUUUUUUUCUAUAUAAGAGUCAUUUCAAGCUUUCAUUUUCGUCAAAGAUGGAGAAUUCCUUCCCUUCUGUCUGCACUUUUAUUGCUUUCUUCUUUCUCUUGCUUGUCUCGGCAAGCUCGGAUGUCAUCCAAGAUUCUUGCGACAAAGCUGCAAAGGGUGACCGUAACAUAAACUUUGACUUUUGUGUUGCAAGUCUGGAAGGGAAUCCCAAAAGCAAAACCGCCACCAGCACUGAGAGUUUGGUUCCCAUCUCGAUUGAGAUGGCCAUAUCUAAUGCAACAAGCAUCAGCUCUAUCAUUUCCAAGCUUUUGAAGAACAAAAACCUUGACAACCCCACGAGGAGCUGCUUGGAAGAUUGCUCUGAACUUUAUUCUGACGCACAGCCUAAUUUGGAAAUCGGUGGCCAGGCUGUCGAGUCUAAAGAUUAUGGAACGGCUAAAACGGUCAUAAGCGCAGCCCUGGAUGCUCCGGUGACCUGUGAAGAUGGGUUCAAGGAGAGGGAAGGGUUGGUGUCGCCAUUGACAAAGGAGAACGACGAGUUCUUCCAGCUGACAGUAGUCCCUCUUGCCUUUAUAAAUUUGCUCAAUUGAUGAGAAUAAAUGCUUCUUUGGUUAUGUAUUCAAUGUCGCCAGAGUCACCCCAAUAAUUAAGCACAAUUUGUCUAUCUCUGUUUGAGUAUUUUUAAAGUGAUAAUCCCGCUGGAUGGAGCAAAUUAAUUUCCUAACUUCACUUGUUUUUACUUUGGA